ACUCACAUUGCAGGGGCGGUUGAUUUGACCACGGAAAUACGAUGGACGGUUGACUUUACCGCAGUCAGUCACUGGCCGGACACACAGCGGUUCAUCUAAUUAUCUAGUGGAGUCAGGAUGGACUCUCACAGACUCAGUGGCUCUUCAGACAUCAUGAUGCAGAGAAGCUACAUGCAGCAACACAGUCCCAGAGGAAGUCAGGAGAACAUGUUUGGAGUGAGGGUGCAGGUUCAAGGAAUCAAAGGUCAACCGUACGUUGUUUUAAACAGUUCUGGCCAGGAGAACCACAGGGACAUCUCUGUUAUCACUCACCAGACUGGGUACAACCCAGGCAUGGUGAGGAGGUCUGUGGAUGAGAGACACUCUCCAGCUGAGACACAGAGAGCUGCAGGCUCCUCUGGGUUUCAUUAUCAGAAUCACCCAGAGCUUCUAAGACCUUAUGACCCUGACAAUAAUAACCUCAACCUCGUCAUUCCACCACAAACAGCCCCAGUGUCUCAAUCAGGACUUUUGCCUGACACGACCCCAACUGUUAACAUGACCAAACCCAGGAUCCCUCUGCCGGCUGAGGGUCCAGGAGAAGACCAAGUUGAAGUGGCCCGGAGCAAAACACUUCCCGCAUUUGGACACGUCCCUGCAAGGUCCCCAAACUCGGUGGAAACAGACUCCAUCAUAUCAGUGGGAAGGUUAAUAAGUCAGUUCAACAGCAGCCAGCAGAGGGGAAGGGGUGGCCGGAAGAACAGGCUGGACCUAGAGCAGUGUCGAAGGUCACGGAGCGUGGACAGCAGUCGCACCUCAGACUCCUCCUCAUCUUCCCCUUCCUCCAGUAGACCCUCAUCUCUGAAGAGCAUCAGGGGGGAGACUCCAGGUGGGAUGUAUCUGUCUGGGUCAGCAGGGGCUCGAAUCCAGAGCAGAGAGAGCUCUUUGACAAGCCGAACGAAGGAGAACAAGCCCAGCACACUGCUCAAAGUGCACAAUGGAAAAGUGCUUCAUACAGAGAAACCAUGUAGUAACCAGACUGAUGAAUGUGAUGAUAGAGAUGCACAGGUAACUCCUGAUCUUCUGAAAGGACAGCAAGAACUCUCAGUUGACUCAAAUGAAGAUACAGCAAAACAGAUGCUCUUCACUUAUCUCAAGGAUGGGACGACAGAUGAUGACUCCACCACUGAGAAGAAGGUCAACCUGCUUUUCGAAAGGAUCAACAAGCUCAAAUGGAGGACUGCUAAGAAUGUGGAGGAGGAGGAGAAGAAUUACGCUGCUGAGGCGAAGCAGUUGCAGCAGAAACAGAUCAUGCUGGAGAAGGAAGUGUCCGACUUAAAGCAAAGACUGGAAACUGAAAUGAAGAAUGAAAAGACUCUCGCCAAGGCAUGCGAGAAGGCCAGGACAGAGAAAAUGAAACUUCAGGAGGAGCUGAUCAAAAGUCAGACAGAGCUCAGCAAGCUGAGAGACAGACUGACUGAAAUUGAGGCACAACUUCAGUCUACAAAAAAGGAGUUGAGUCAGAUGAAGGCAGAGAGAGAAAGAUACAGGAUGGAGAUGAAAGACCUUCAGCAGCAGCUCUCUGAGAUGCACGAUGAGCUGGACCAAGCCAAACACGUUGAGGGGAUAAACACAGAGAAAGACGUUCUCCUGAAGGAAAUGGUACAGAUGCGCACAGACUUCCAGGAGAUGCUGCAGGUGAAGGAGGAGCAGGAGGAGGUGCUGCACAGCCAGGAAAAAGAGCUCAGUUCCCUAAAGGGGACACUUAAAGAGGAGGUGGAAACUCAUGACAAAUACUUGGCCGCUCUGAAGAAUGAAUAUGAACAGGAACUUGAUAACCUGCUCAGGGAAUUGGAGCUGGCUAAAGAGAGCAACGCUGUAGUGGGUCAAGAGAGGGUUGAGGCAGAGGAGGAGAAAGGUGUAGUUAAGGUGCAGCUGAAGGAGCUGAGCCAAGAGAGAGACCAGCUGAGAGGAAAGGUGCAGGACCUCAACAAGAAAGUGGAUCAGCUGAGCCAGGCAAUCCAGGAGGGAAGGACCACGGAGAGACUGCUGGAGCAGAGAGCAAAGCAGCUGGAGAGGGAAAAGCAGCAGGUGGAGGAAAUGCUUAAGGAUGUGAGAAGGACUGAGGAAGAGAUGUGUCUGUCCAACCAAUCGCUGCUCACUCGGUUGGAGGAUGUGCAGAGUAAGAUGACCAAACUUAAUCACGAGCACAGGGACCUGAAGGAGAAGCUCAAGGAGGAGAGGAAACAAAGAGAGGAGCUGUGGAAGACAAAAACUGAACUAGAAGAUGAGAGGAGGCUGCAGGACCGUGCUGUAGAGCAACUGCAGAGAAAGAUGAAUAGCAUCAUGGAAGAGUGCGAGGCGUCCACCGACGUACUUCAGAACCAGGUCGACGAGGCCAAAGAGAAGAAUCAGAGGGAGUUGGCUGAGCUGCGGAGGCAGCUGCAGGAAAAGGGAGCAGAGCUGGAGAAAUUUCGACAGGCAGCCAAAAAACUGCAGGAAGAGCUCCUUCCUCUGGAGGAGGAUUUGCAGCGGUGUCGCAGGGAGCAGCAGGACGCUCAGCUGCGAGUCCAGCAGCUGGAGCUGAAGGUGAGGGAGCUGGAGGAGAAGAACGCAGCCACAGUGGACGACAGAGACCGACAGGUCAAACUCAUGGAGGGACGAAUCAGUCGCCUUGCAGAAGAUCUCAAUGAUGAGCGCGGCAGUGCAGACCGUCUGAUGGAAAGAUUGGACAAAACCAAAGAGCAGGUGGAUCAGAUGAGGAACGAGCUGAUGCAGGAGCGAUCAGUCAGACAGGACCUGGAGUGUGACAAGAUGAGUCUUGAGAGACAGAAUAAAGACCUGAAGAGCAGAGUGACUCAUUUGGAAGGAUCACAGAGGACCAACCAGGAUUCACUGGUCUCCAAACUGAACAGCCGCAUCCAGGAACUGGAGGAGAAGCUGCAAGGAGAAGAGCAGGAGAACAACAGCCUACAGCAGGCAAACCGCAAGCUGGAGCGCAAAGUGAAGGAGAUGAAGAUGCAGGGGGAUGAGGAGCACGUCAACCUGCAGAGCCAGAGAGACCAGCUGACUCAGAGGCUGAAGAUGGCAAAGAGGCAGAUGGAUGAGGCAGAGGAGGAGAUCGAGCGUCUGGAGCACAGUAAGAAGAAGCUACAGAGAGAACUGGACGAACAAAUCGAGGCCAACGAGCAGCUUCAUGGCCAACUGAGCACAAUGCGGAAUGAAAUGAGGCGUAAGAAGAAAUCUCCUCCUCUCAUUAAGGUUAUGCAGGACGAUUUGAACGAUGCGGACGAUUUUGGCUCAGACUGAUUGAGGAAUAGUUGAUUUUAUAAUUCUGCAUAUUAACAACUCAGGUGUGAUUCUACGAUGUUUUCCCGUGUGGCACCUUGCCACGGCUUAAACCACAACAUCUAACAAACUGAUUCUUGACAAACUCUGACUUAUUUACUCAAACUAUGUUUUUAUUUUGUGUGAGUUAAUAUAAUGCAAACUUCAAAUCUAAAGCUUGUGAAUAAAUGUAUUAAACAUG